ACAAAAGCGGUGAGAGGAAGACAGAUGGUGCUGGAGAGGAGAAGCGCAAACAUUUAGGAGUUGGGGGCCAAUCACUGUCUUCUCUGCCAAAGCAUUGCAUGUCAGUUAGUGGCCAGUGUCCGGGCAGCCCGCAGUCGGUAGGGGCAGCCCGCAGUCGGUAGGGGCAGCCCGCAGUCGGUAGGGGCAUCUGGCUGCCGAGGUGGAGACGAUGAAGCCGUGUGAAGGAGCUGGGAGGCAGCAGCACGGACUGGCUGCGGAUCAGCGCAGCCUCUCAGAUGGCCGGAACGGGGCUGCCAAACCUCAGUGCGGAGAACCAGACGGGCAGCGGUGUACCGAGCCUCGCUGUGGAGGAGGAUCGGCGGGGCAUCUGGGGCAGCAGGGUUAUAAGUGUGCAGGAACAGGGGCGCAUACGGGAGCCCGAGAGCACGGAGCAGGAGAAGCCCCUGACCCGUGGAGGGAAUGCAUGGACACUGCUGUGCAGCUAGCCCUCAGAGCCGGCCAGGUGGUCCGGAAGGCACUGAUGGAAGAAAAAAGGGUGUCCACCAAAACCUCAGUGGUGGAUCUCGUAACCGAAACGGACCACUAUGUGGAGGAGCUGAUCAUUUCAGCCUUGAGGGAGAAAUAUCCUUCCCACAGAUUUAUCGGAGAAGAAUCUACCUCUGCAGGUUCUAAGUGUAUGCUAACUGAUGACCCAACGUGGAUCAUUGAUCCCAUCGAUGGAACCUGCAACUUCGUACACCGGUUCCCAACAGUGGCAGUCAGCAUUGGAUUUGCUGUCAAUCAAGAGCUUGAGUUUGGCGUGAUCUACCACUGUACCGAGGAAAGGUUGUAUACUGGGAGAAAAGGUCAUGGAGCAUUUUGUAAUAAAGAGAGGCUGCAAGUGACAAAAGAAACAGGUAUCAGGAAUGCCUUAAUUUUAACCGAAAUUGGCCCAAAACGUGAUCCUGCAACAUUAAAGUUGUUCUUGGGUAACAUAGAAAAGUUUCUUGGGUUCCAGGCUCACGGGAUUCGCGUGAUAGGAAGCGCCACCCUGGCUUUGUGUCACAUAGCGUCAGGCGCUGCCGAUGCCUAUUACCAGUAUGGGCUUCACUGCUGGGAUCUGGCAGCAGCAACCGUUAUAAUCCGAGAAGCUGGGGGAGUCGUGAUCGAUACCACAGGUGGCCCUCUGGACCUUAUGUCAUGUCGCGUGAUAGCAGCUGGUACGAUGGAUCUGGCACAGAGCAUAGCCCGAGAAUUACAGACUAUUGACUAUGGGCGAGAUGACGACUGAACAUGUCAGCCUUUUUGCUUAAACACUGAAUGUUCCCUGAAAAAGUAACCCAGCUGUUGUUCUGGAAUAAAACUAUUAAAGACU